CUGGGGAAUUGUCAUUUGACUCAUAUAUUGUAUCUACACACAUGUAGAAACUCACAACCGAUUGACAGUGGCAGUUUUGGUCACAUUUCCACCUUUGCACACACGAUUUAGAGAUUGUCGGAUUACGUUUUGACAAUCCUUGAACUCGAUCUACAUUCUCUCCGAGGUGUUCAGUCAUCCUGGCGCAAACCCACCUCUACCACACCUACAUCCCACUGCAAUGUCUCUAACAUCUUCAACCCCCGAGUCUGCUGCUCGAGCCGCCUCGGCAGCCGCACAGUCGCUCGCCACACUGCCAGUAUCCGCACGCAACGAUGCGUUGACGGCGAUUCAUGCCGCUCUCGCUGCCAACAAGGACAUGAUCCUCGCGGCCAACGCCCGCGACAUGGUUGCCGCCACGUCAGCCUCACAGUCGGGUGAACUCUCCCAGUCGGUGCUCAAACGUCUCGAUCUGUCGCGUCCGGGAAAAUACGACGACAUGAUGUCAGGGAUACUCGAUGUUCGUGAUCUCCCAGACCCAAUUGGUCGAGUGGACCUUCGCACGAGACUGGAUCAAGGCCUGGAGCUGGAGCGGGUGGCAUGUCCAAUUGGCGUCUUGUUGAUCAUCUUCGAGGCUCGCCCCGAGGUCAUUGCCAACAUUGCCAGUCUGGCCAUCAAAUCUGGCAAUGCUGCAAUCCUCAAGGGUGGGAAGGAAUCUAGUUGGUCCUUCGAGGCUAUCGCCACCGUCAUCGGCUCUGCCUUGAGUGCCACCAGAGUAGCCGCAGAUGCCAUUCAGUUGGUCAAGACCAGAGAUGUCAUUGAUCAGUUAUUAUCUUUGGACCGAUUCAUCGACCUCGUCAUCCCCAGAGGUGGAAAUGAAUUGGUUAAAUAUGUCAAGGAGCACACCAGAAUUCCAGUCCUCGGCCACGCGGAUGGCCUGUGUUCGAUUUAUAUCCACAAAGACGCAGACGCGGCUGUCGCGGCCAAGGUCGUGGUCGAUUCCAAGACGGACUACCCGGCGGCUUGCAACGCUGUCGAAACUCUGUUGGUCCAUGAGGAUGUAUUAGGGUCUGUGUUACCGGAUGUAACUCGGGCCUUGUUAAAGAAGGGGGUCAGUUUGAGAUGUGACGGGCCGAGCAAAAAGGUUUUGGAGCAGUCACUGCCCAGGGAAGAGGCAAUCUUGUUACAGGAUGCCACCGAGGAAGAUUACAACACCGAGUUUCUGGAUUUGGUACUAGCGAUCAAGACGGUCCCCUCGAUAGGUAAUGAUCCUGUUACCUCCACAUCUUCAUCAACGGGCGAGUCGACUGUGAAUGGAUCUACCGGUGCCAGUUCCGAAAACGACCCUUCUCUCUCACUAGCCAUUGCACACAUCAACACCCACUCGUCCAAACACACUGAUGUCAUCAUCACACAAUCCUCCUCCGCUGCUGAGACAUUCAUGUCGGCUGUCGACAGUGCUGGCGUGUACUGGAACGCAAGUACACGGUUUGCAGAUGGCAUGAGAUAUGGCUUUGGUACAGAAGUCGGCAUCAGCACCAACAAGAUCCAUUCACGAGGCCCUGUCGGCCUCGAGGGCUUGACCAUCUACAAAUACAAGAUUCGAGGUCAUGGCCAGACCGCCGCGGAAUAUGGAGCUAGUGGUGGGAAAAAGUACCUGCAUGAGAAGGUCACCAUCUGAAGAAUGAAUUGAAAAAACCCAACGUAGUUUGUCGUGUGUCAGAUAGGCAGUCUACUUGUUCUAAAAUUCCAUGGGUGCGAACAGUUUCGAAGGGAGAGAGGACUUGGCCAUUAUAUUGUGCAAAUUCAAGUUGCCAUUCCCACAGCUCCACUGUGAAUUUCACAUCGUCUUCAUCAAGAGUCUUAUUCAAAGAAAACAAGUCACUGAUACUUUUACUUUCAUGUCAAAAAAGGCGACGUUGAUUCGUUUGUUCUGAAAAUUUUGCAUCUUCAUCUCAACUUGUCUGAUCAUAACCAUCUAGUUACGAAUCAUUUGCUCAAACGUACUGCACUGGGUGGUAAUUGAGACCACCGC